UUCAAAGAAUAAAUUUUCAGUUUUUAGAUGUUUGUUUAUCAUUGGUUAUAAACCCGUUAUUUAAGCAUGAAACCUUCAACUAAUAAAAUAGGAAACAAUUCAAAAUCAAAGAAAAGUUCUAAAGAUCGUGAAAAACGAAAAUCACAAUCUACAGUGGAGACACCAAAUCAAACCAAUUCAGAAAAAGGAUCACCUAACAAAGACAAUGGUUUUCGUAAAUAUUCUGGAUAUGGUGUAGAAGAACUAACUAUAAUAGCCGAACAAUCGAUCAAUGAACAUCUCACCGAGGAAGUCUGCACUGCUUUCACUGAAGACAUCAAUUACAGACUGAGGCACAUAAUUUAUGAGGCCUUAGUACAAGCGAGACUGUCUGGGCAAAAUUACAUUUCUGGAAAUGAUAUUGAUGAUAUUUUCGACUGCCUCCAAAUUCCAAAGGUCUACGGAGCGGAAACAGAACCUGUUUGGAUUCCGUUUGGUGACCAAAACCUCUACUACUUGGAUGAUGCUAAAGUCAAUCUAGUUGAUGUGGCGGAAGAGUCAUUAUCAUUUGUCCAACCAGAAGAAUCAAUUUUAACAAGAAAGUGGUUACCUGAAUCGAAGGAAAUUUCACCGAAUUUAAAACAAUAUUUUAUUGUUAUGUGUGAGGCGAUUGUAUCAAAAGACGAAAAACUAUAUGAAACUGCACUAGAUAAUAUCAAGACUAAUAAUAAUAUUGGACCUAUCAUAGAGUGGUUUUAUCAUUUUGGAUAUUUACUACUUAGCAAAGAUAUAACUUACGAUUCUCUUACAAUGAGAGCGUUAAAUUUGAUUAGCAAACUUGAACUGAAUCCUAUUUCGUCUCUGAUUGUUUCUGAAAAGCAAAUUAUGCUUCUCACAAGACUGUUGUUACAACGGCUCUUAAGGUUUGUUUCAAAUUCCGAGCUAAUCAGACCGAUAUGCCAACUUUUAGCGCUUUUAUGCAAACGUGUCACUCCUAGAGUGAUUAUAUUGAAAAAAAUGGUUUGUAAAUUUUCGGACGUAAGAGAUGAGUUUGCUUUGCCUGUAAUAUGUGCAGUUAACCAUCUUGGCUUGGAUGCAAUCUAUUCCAUUAUAUUGCCUCACUUAAAUUUUUUAAUGGGCAUGAUAGAGGAACAAUCGGAACCCGACUUUACUUUAGAAUUAUUGAGAAGUUACAACAUAUUGUGUAUUGAGCAGCAGAAUAGUCGAGAACUAUGCGACACAUUUUAUAAUACACUGGGGGAAGCGAUAAUUCCCAUUUGGAAAUAUCCUAGGAUACAAAUGAAUGAUGAUCCUGAAAUUGAGUAUUGGCAAUACGCAAAAGGUCAGCUGAGGAGAAGUAGAAGAAGGAUAGCUGUUCCAGAAAAACCACAACAUCAGAAGCUUCACAUUGAGGAAGUGUUCCCAGAAUGUGAAGUCGAAAUCAAGAAAGAAAUAUUCGAAUUUGAGUUUGAAAACAGUCCACCUAUAGAAGAAAAUGAUGUUAAGCCUAUAAUACAAUUUAAGUUUCACACCUUUGCACCAGCAGUUGGAAGAUUACGGUUUUUAAAACUAUCAACUUUUUCUCCCUCUCAAAUAAAACAGACACAUGUCACGGUUGGAAAAAGCAGUUUAAUAACACCUGUUUUGAAAGUUUCUAAUAAACAUCGACAUUGUGUUUUCCAUACUAUGAUGUAUCAUAACUUAUAGUAACAUAAAAUCCUUCAAUUCAU